GAGGAGAGAGAAGGGUGAGUAGGGUUUUAAUCUUCACUCUUUUUUCUCCUUUUCCCCCUUUUCUGAAUUCCUGAAACAAUUUCCGAGUCUCACAGAUUGUGAAGAUACCCACAAAAGACACAAGCUAAAUUCCAAAACUCCUUUUGUUUGCCCCAAUUUAUCAUCAUCAUCAUCUUCUUCUUUCUUUGCUAACCCUAACUUAGUGCACUUCAAUUUUUACCCACUCUCAAACCCUAGCUAUUCAGACCCAUGAUCCAUUUCAUCUGAAUUCACCAUCAUGCUGCUUCCAUUUGAGUCCACUACAGUCAAGUGCAUGUGCGUUAUUUGAGAGGGAAGAGGAGAGGCAUGGAAGGGGGUGACCGUGGGCUUCUCCUAGCUUGCGUGAUUUCGGGGACCCUCUUCUCAGUUUUGGGGUUAGCUUCAUUUUUGAUACUAUGGGCUGUUAACUGGAGGCCCUGGCGAAUUUAUAGUUGGAUCUUUGCUCGGAAAUGGCCGAAUAUCCUGCACGGUCCUCAGCUGCAUUUGCUCUGUGGCUUCCUGAAUCUUUUGGCAUGGGUGGUUGUUGUUUCUCCAAUUCUGGUGCUUAUCAUUUGGGGAUCCUGGUUAAUUGCAAUACUGGGUCGAGAUCUGAUUGGUUUGGCCGUAAUUAUGGCUGGCACAGCUCUUCUCUUGGCAUUUUAUUCAAUUAUGCUCUGGUGGAGAACCCAGUGGCAAAGUUCAAGAGCUGUAGCCAUUCUCCUCCUCCUAGCUGUUACUCUUCUCUGUGCGUAUGAACUUUGUGCCGUGUAUGUUACAACUGGUCCACGAGCAUCUGACCGUUAUUCUCCUUCUGGCUUCUUUUUUGGAGUUUCAGCAAUUACUUUAGCUAUCAACAUGCUAUUUAUUUGCAGAAUGGUGUUUAAUGGUAAUGGCUUGGAUGUGGAUGAGUAUGUAAGAAGGGCAUACAAAUUUGCUUAUUCUGAUCAAAUUGAAUUGGGUCCUGUGACAUCUUUACCUGAACCACCGGACCCAAAUGAGUUAUAUCCUCGACAAUCGAGAAGGGCUUCCCAUCUUGUACUUCUCUAUGUUGGCUCACUUUUUGUUCUGCUAGUAUAUUCCAUUUUAUAUGGCCUAACAGCAAAAGAGGCAAACUGGCUUGGAGCAGUUACAUCAGUUGCUGUUAUUAUUCUAGACUGGAAUUUGGGAGCUUGCAUGUAUGGUUUUCAACUUCUUGACAGUCGUGUUGCAGCACUAUUUAUUGCUGGAACGUCCCGCGUGUUUCUUAUUUGUUUUGGAGUGCAAUACUGGUAUAUAGGGCACUGUAUCAGUUAUGCCGUUAUGGCUACUGUGCUUCUAGGGGCUGUUGUUUCUCGUCAUUUAUCAGUGAAAAAUCCAUUGGCUGCGAGGAGAGAUGCCUUACAAAGCACUGUGGUUCGCUUGAGAGAAGGAUUUCGUAAGAAGGAGCAUAAUAGUUCAUCUAGCUUCUCUGAAGGCUGUGGGUCAAGUAUGAAACGGAGUAGCAGUGUUGAAGCUAGUAAUCUUGGUAAUGUCAUUGAAGCUAACAGAGGUUUGGCUGCAGCCGAUACAUGCAAUUGGAAUAAUGCCCCAUCUCAAACUGCCAGUUUGCCAGAUGGAAUAAAUAGUGACAAGAGCAUAGAUAGUGGCAGGUCAAGUUUAGCAAUACGUAGCAGCUCAUGUCGCUCAGCUGUUCAAGAGGCUGAGGCUGGAACGUCUUGUGAUGAUAGAACUUUGGAUCCCAAUAAUUCCAUGGUGGUUUGUUCAAGUAGUGGUGUUGAUAGCCAAGGGAAUGAAUCUAGCACAUCAAACUCUGCAAAUCAGCAAACAUUAGAAUUGAACUUAGCUCUUGCUUUCCAAGAAAGGUUGAGUGACCCUAGGUUUGCAACUAUGCUUAAAAGAAGUACAAGACAAGGUGAUCGGGAGUUGAGUACUCUAUUACAAGAUAAAGGCUUGGAUCCAAAUUUUGCUAUGAUGUUGAAAGAGAAAAGUUUAGAAUUAGAUCCAACUAUUCUCGCAUUAUUACAGAGGGGUAGUCUUGACGCAGAUAGAGAUCAUCGUGACAAUACUGAUAAUGCCAGUGUUGGCAAUGCCGUGCCUAAUCAAAUUUCAUUUUCUGAAGAACUGAGGUUGCAUGGGCUUGAAAAGUGGCUUCAGUUGUGCAGACUUGUAUUGCAUCACAUUACGGGUUCUCCAGAGCGAGCAUGGGUUCUGUUCAGUCUUAUCUUCAUAGUUGAAACAACCAUUAUUGGUGUAUUUCGUCCAAAAACAGUCAAAUUCGUUAAUGGAACCCACCAGCAGUUUGAGUUUGGCUUGGCUGUGCUUCUGUUGUCUCCGGUGAUAUGUUCAAUUAUGGCUUUCCUUCGAUCACUUACUGCAGAAGAAAUGGCCAUGACUUCAAAACCACGGAAGUAUGGUAUUAUUGCUUGGCUGUUCAGCACUUGUGUUGGAUUGCUGCUCUCUUUCUUGAGCAAAUCGUCUGUUCUCCUUGGAUUGUCUUUGACUGUGCCUCUAAUGGUGGCAUGCCUUUCUAUUGCAAUUCCUAUAUGGAUACGUAAUGGUUACAAGUUCUGGGUUCCCCGAGUGAAUUGUACGGGAAGUGUUGGAAAUGAUCGCAUUUCUGGUACAAAGGAGGGUAUAGUUCUUAUUGUUUGUACGUCAUUAUUCGUUGGAUCUGUACUGGCUCUGGGAGCAAUAGUUUCUGCAAAGCCUUUAGAUGAUUUAAGAUACAAGGGGUUGAAUGAUGAUCAGAAAAGCUUGACCUCCCCAUACACAUCUUCUGUUUUUCUUGGGUGGGCAAUGGCAUCUGCUAUUGGUUUAGUUGUUACUAGCUUGCUUCCAAUAAUUUCGUGGUUUGCAACCUAUCGCUUCUCCCUUUCCUCUGCUAUCUUUAUUGGAUUAUUUGCAGUUAUUCUCGUAGCAUUUUGUGGUGUGUCUUACUUGGAAGUUAUCAAAUCUAAAGAUGACCAACUUCCAACGAAGGGUGAUUUUUUAGCUGCUUUACUUCCUCUAGUCUGCAUUCCAGCCUUGCUCUCGCUUACUUGUGGAUUGCUUAAGUGGAAGGAUGAUGGUUGGAGACUUUCUAGAGGUGUAUAUAUCUUUGUUAUAAUUGGUCUUGUGCUUCUGCUUGGUGCUAUAGCAGCUGUUAUAGUUUACAUCAAACCUUGGACUAUUGGGGUAGCCUGUCUUUUGGUACUUCUCCUCAUGGUAUUAGCAAUCGGUGCUAUCCAUCACUGGGCAUCAAAUAAUUUUUAUUUGAGUCGGACACAGAUGGUCUUUGUGUGUUUCUUUGCCUUUCUGUUGGCUUUGGCAGCAUUUCUUCUUGGAUGGUUUGAAGGUCAACCUUUUGCUGGAGCAUCGGUUGGUUAUUUUUCAUUUCUUUUUCUUCUUGCUGGACGGGCAUUGACAGUUCUGCUUUCAAAUCCCAUUGUGGUGUACUCUCCCCGAGUUUUGCCAGUCUAUGUGUACGAUGCUCAUGCAGAUUGCGGAAAGAAUGUCAGUGUGGCCUUUCUCAUGCUAUAUGGGAUUGCACUAGCAACUGAAGGUUGGGGUGUUGUUGCCAGUUUAAAGAUUUAUCCACCCUUUGCUGGUGCUGCUGUAUCGGCAGUUACACUCGUUGUUUCAUUUGGGUUUGCUGUCUCUCGUCCGUGCCUUACGCUUAAGAUGAUGGAAGAUGCUGUACGUUUUCUCAGCAAGGAAACUGUUAAUCAGGCAAUUGCUAGAUCAGCAACAAAGACCCGGAAUGCUAUAUCUGGAACUUAUUCUGCACCUCAGAGGUCAGCUAGUUCUGCAGCACUUUUGAUUGGAGACCCUACUAUUAUGCGUGAUAAGGGAGGAAAUUUUGUGCUGCCCAGAGCCGAUGUCAUGAAAUUAAGAGACCGUUUGAGAAAUGAAGAAUUAGUCGCAGGUUCAUUUUUUAGUAGAUUUAGAUAUGAAAGGACAUUUCGCCAUGAGCCAACCAGUGUAGAUCACAGAAGAGUGAUGUGUGCUCAUGCAAGGAUCCUGGCUCUAGAAGAGGCCAUUGACACCGAAUGGGUGUACAUGUGGGACAAGUUCGGUGGUUAUUUGCUUUUGUUGCUUGGUUUAACAUCCAAGGCAGAACAAGCACAGGAUGAGGUUCGUUUGAGACUCUUUCUAGACAGUAUUGGAUUUUCUGACUUAAGUGCUAAGAAAAUAAAAAAGUGGAUGCCGGAAGAUCGUAGGCAGUUUGAAAUUAUUCAGGACAGUUACAUACGAGAAAAGGAGAUGGAAGAGGAGAUCUUCAUGCAGAGACGUGAAGAAGAGGGGAGAGGGAAAGAAAGAAGGAAGGCCCUGCUUGAAAAAGAGGAACGGAAAUGGAAGGAGAUAGAAGCUUCUCUGCUCUCCACCAUUCCUAAUGCUAGCAGCAGAGAGGCUGCGGCCAUGGUAGCUGCAGUGCGUGCAGUAGGAAGUGAUUCUGUUUUGGAUGAUUCCAAAGCUCGAAAGAGGGUUAAAAGCAUUGCACAGAGAAUACGUCUUUCGCAGUUAGCACAUCGUGCACUACAGACUGGGGUGACAGGUGCCAUAUGUAUUCUUGAUGACGAAGCAACUUCAAGUGGCCGGCAUUACGGUCCAAUUGAUUUGAGUCUAUGUCAAAGUCAGAAAGUUAGCUUUUCCAUAGCAGUGAUGAUUCAACCUGAGUCUGGUCCUGUCUGUCUUUUGGGCACGGAUUUUCAGAAAAUGGUUUGCUGGGAAGUUCUUGUGGCUGGUUCUGAACAAGGUAUUGAGGCUGGGCAAGUUGGACUCAGAUUGAUUACUAAACGUGAUAGGCAAACAACUGUCACGAAGGAGUGGAGUAUUGGUGCAACAUGUAUUGCAGAUGGAAGGUGGCAUAUCAUAGCAAUGACAAUUGAUGCUGAUUUAGGUGAAGCAACAUGUUAUACAGAUGGUGGAUUCGAUGGCUACCAAACUGGAUUACCUUUGUGUGUGGGUAGCAGCAUUUGGGAACAAGGGACAGAAGUUUGGGUGGGAAUUCGACCACCAGCAGAUAUUGAUGCUUUUGGUAGGUCAGAUAGUGAAGGGGUUGAAUCUAAGAUGCAUAUUAUGGAUGCUUUUCUCUGGGGAAGGUGCUUAACUGAAGAUGAGAUUUCCGCUCUCUAUACCUCGAUUGCUUCGGCAGACUUUGGUGGACUUGAUUACCCCGAAGAUAAUUUGCAGUGGACUGAUUCACCCCCGAGGGUUGAUGGUUGGGAUAGCGAUCCUGCUGAUGUAGAUUUAUAUGAUAGAGAUGAUGUGGAUUGGGAUGGACAAUAUUCUAGUGGGAGGAAAAGGAGGUCAGAUCGUGAUGGUGUGGUGGUGGAUAUAGAUUCCUUCUCUAGGAAAUAUAGAAAACCCAGAAUUGAAACACAAGAAGAGAUUAAUCAACGGAUGCGAUCCGUAGAAUCAGCCAUCAAAGAAGCUCUCUUUGCUAGAGGAGAGUCACGUUUUACUGACGAGGAAUUUCCUCCAAAUGAUCACUCUUUAUAUGUGGACCCUGAAAACCCUCCAGCAAAAUUACAGGUUGUUUCUGGGUGGCUGAGACCAGGUGAAAUUGUGCGACAGAACCAUCUUGACUGCCAUCCAUGCUUAUUUUCAGGAGCUCCUAAUCCUUCAGAUGUUUGUCAGGGCCGGUUAGGUGACUGCUGGUUCUUGAGCGCUGUUGCUGUUCUAACAGAGUUUUCACGUAUAUCAGAGGUAAUCAUCACUCCAGAAUAUAACGAGGAAGGGAUAUAUACUGUCCGCUUUUGUGUGCAGGGUGAGUGGAUCCCUGUAGUUGUUGAUGAUUGGAUUCCUUGUGAAUUGCCGGGUAAACCUGCAUUUGCUACUAGUAAGAAGGGUUAUGAACUUUGGGUCUCUAUAUUGGAGAAGGCAUAUGCCAAGUUGCAUGGCUCCUAUGAAGCACUUGAGGGUGGGCUUGUUCAGGAUGCUCUUGUCGAUCUUACCGGGGGUGCAGGGGAGGAAAUCGACAUGAGGAGCAGUGAAGCACAGAUUGACCUUGCAAGUGGUAGAUUGUGGUCUCAAUUGUUACGCUUCAAGCAAGAGGGUUUUCUCCUUGGUGCAGGAAGUCCUUCAGGCUCUGACGUGCAUAUCUCUUCCAGUGGCAUCGUGCAAGGACAUGCAUACUCAAUCCUUCAGAUAAGAGAAGUGGAUGGCCAUAAACUCGUACAGAUCCGAAAUCCAUGGGCAAAUGAAGUCGAGUGGAAUGGCCCUUGGUCUGAUUCAUCUCCUGAAUGGACAGAUAGAAUAAAGCACAAGCUGAAGCAUGUUCCACAGUCAAAAGAUGGUAUAUUCUGGAUGUCAUGGCAAGACUUUCAGAUUCAUUUCCGAUCAAUAUAUAUCUGCCGUGUCUAUCCACCCGAGAUGCGUUACUCUGUUCAUGGUCGAUGGCUUGGUGAAAGUGCUGGUGGGUGCCAGGAUUACGAUACCUGGCACCAAAAUCCACAGUUCAGACUAACUGCAACUGGGCAAGAUGCAUCUUUACCAAUUCAUGUAUUCAUUACCCUAACUCAGGGUGUCGGAUUUUCAAGAACAACCGCCGGAUUCAGAAAUUAUCAAUCCAGCCAUGAUUCUUUAAUGUUCUACAUCGGAAUGAGGAUACUCAAAACUCGGGGACGACGAGCAGGUUUCAAUAUAUACUUGCACGAAUCAGUUGGUGGGACGGACUAUGUUAAUUCUCGAGAAAUAUCCUGUGAAAUGGUUUUAGAACCCGAGCCAAAGGGAUACACCAUAGUCCCUACUACUAUACAUCCUGAGCAAGAAGCCCCCUUUGUACUUUCUGUUUUCACCAAGGCAUCAAUAACUCUUGAAGCUUUAUAGUACCUAGGGGAUGGCUUAUAUGUUGUGUCUUUUCCGCUGCAAAGAUUCUUUGCUUGGGCUCUCGGCAGAUCGGCGCAUGCAUUGCUAACCCUCCUCAGACCAAUUGGGCUGUGAUGAUGCAAUUCUUAAUGUUGAGGUUCAGCAUUGAAUUCCUAUUCCUUAUAGGAAUGAAAUGGCAUCUGUGCAAGAGAGACAAAAGGGUAAAAAAGAGCUUGAUCUUUUCAGUGUGAAUCUUGUUGAAGGGUGCUUGUGCCAGCAUUGGAGAGGGCUCUUAUGGUGAUUUGAUAUGUACAUAGAAGUGGUACUAUAGAGGUAUACUUGUAACCAUUUAAUCAAAGUGGGAAAAGGAAAAUAGCUGACAAUAAAAUAGGUAAUUACUAACACCUGGUGAAAAUGGAGGUCAAAGGGGGAUUUGGGAAGGGUAGGUAUAGUAACAAGCAUUGAGUAACUCAUUGUAAAUUUCAGCUGCCAUUUUGACAACUGCAGAAGAAGAAAAAUGUACAAACAUUAACAAUCACGGGUUCCUAUUAAUGUCGUGAUAUUGGCCAAGUUUUGUAAAAAUGUCUUUUUAAUCUAAUUUGAUUUUCAGUUA